AUGUUUGUUGAAAUGAAUCUUCUUGCAAGUGGAAAGCUUUCUGGAAAGUGGGCUCAGUCAAUCGCAAAUGAGGUGUCGAAAAGAAUUGAAUACUACUUGAUUGACUCCAUUUCGGUUUUUAAAACAUCCAAACAGAAACUGCUUGUCAAAACACUGAAAAUGUCAGUUAUUUGUGCUAUUGCCGAGCUCUUCAUAAUGGAUUCCAAUUUCUCUAUAGUCCUACAUGGAAUGGAAUUCUUUUCCCGUUUAAUUUCCGGUAUUUCUGAGACUGAGCCAAAGGAUAUAUCGAAAAGGGACUUUAACACUUUACUGGUUAAUCAAUCUGGUGAUGGAUUCAGCUGGAUCAUCCACUUGGCAACGAACUUUCUUCGAAUUGUACUUUCUGAGUCCAGCCCCCUUCUUCUAGGCGAGGCAUCACAGCUGAUCUCCAAGAUUGUACGAUUACCUGGAGGUUCACGAUCUCUUCUCCAUGAUCUUGCUGUACCAAUACUAGGUUGUUACGACAAGGACUUUGAAAUCACGGGUGCUUCUUCCUCAAAACUUCGUAAAGAAGCUAUCGAUUUGGUCAUUGAAAUUCUUUUACUCUGUCCAUCCUCAGAAAUUAAUUUCUGCGAAAUAGUGGACACUAUCAUUGUACCUGGGUUGUGUGAUCCCAAGGAAGUGGUUCGAAGUGCAGCAGUUGACUGCCUGGCAGUUGUUGUAAGUAUCCAGGGUGUAACCUUACUUGAUCGUGCGGAAUCACAGCUUUCCAUUUUCUCUCAACGCAAUAACAACAGCAUCCAAGAAGAAGAAGAGGCUAAAAAAAAUAAAGACCAUGGCCAGCAACAGGACCUGCUCCUAUUGCAAAUCCUAGCCGCAUUGCGCUCCGCCGUACUCCAACGUCAACUCCCCACCCUUGACAAUCAAUUUCGUGUUGUUCGAUCCACCACCAGAAAGAAUUCUAGCAACGGAAUGUCUGCUAUGGGACACACCAAUUACGAAGCCUCCUCAUCAGCCAUUAGUGAGCGUCGAAAGCCGAGUGCUGGUCGUAUGCAUGGUAAUUUACGACUGCCUUGGGAUCCAAGAGAUAGCGUUUUUGUUGUCGGUUACUCCAGUGGCUCCCCAUCUUCUAUAACCCCUUCUCCCACCAAACCAAUUAACUCUUCUAUGGAUACUGAUCCUUACGCACCGAAACCAAAUGUUCAGCUUCCGUGGCGACCAAACGCUAAUCAAGUACCCCCUUUUGAAUUGGAUGGUCGAACAACUAUGCGUCGUAGCUUGAAAAGUUGUGCGGAUUCCCAUUGUCGUACAAAUCAAACCCGCCAUACAAAGGCGAAUUCGCCUCCCAGGAAAUUCACCGAAUCGUUGGCAAGUCUCUCCCUGGCUUCUGAAGGCUCCUCCGCAACUCGAAAUAUUUCAGCUGGUUCACCUGAGAUAACAAGUAUCCGCCGAAGGGCAUCUCAACAAGGAAUUCUCCAAGUGAAUACAAAUUUAGACCCCCCUUGCUCUUUUGUUAGUGACCCAAAGAAUGGAGAAUCCCCGAAUUCCAACCGACUCCAUAAUCGACACAAUGUGGGAAACCGAUCGUAUCUUAACGCACCCCACAUUCCCCUAAGUCUAACAACAGUUCGAUCUAGUAUAACCAACCAACAUAGUCCUAAAUUCGAUGACCUGCCCAAUCAUCUGAAAGCUUUCACUGCAUCCAUCGAACCGCAUAGUCCUCAUCUUGGACCUCUCCGAGGACAGCACGAUAUUGUUACAAAUAUAAAGCUCCCUAAUUCACAGUCCGAUUUUGACAUUGUUGGCAGAAGUGUUCAUCCAGUUGGAGAUAUCAAAGAGCAGUCAGGUAAACAGGAGGCAAUCAAAAAUUUCCAAGAAUUAAGUGAAAGCGCCCCCGAUGUAUCUGGUCGUACAACCGUAUUAGAAAAUCUCUCCUUUGGUAACGACGAUUUCAAAAUGGAAUAUGCGAAUACCCUCAAGACAGGUAUUGAGGAUCACUCAUCUCGAAGUUUUCGUCAAAGACCCAGUCAAGCUCUACGAAGUGACAGUCUGCAAUCAGGUUCGGCUGAAAGCAGAAUUCGGGCUGAAGUGGAUGAUGCAAAGUUCUCACGCACUUGUUCACAAAUACCAACUCAAACAGCGCCUCAGAUGCGCCCAAAACGACCCCCAACUUUUCCUCGAAGUAAUAGUCCGAAUCGGAGGGGUAUCCGAAAAUAUAACGCUAACGACGGAGGUGAAAACGUAGUGGUUUCUCAACUUUCCAAAAAUUCUUCAUUGAAUUUGGAAACAGGGACUAAUCGAGACGUAAAUGCAAUCCUUAGUCGAAUAUCUUCUUCAGAUUGGGAGGACAAGGUGGAUGGGCUGCUAAGCCUAUCUUCUCUUGCUUUAAGGAAUCCCCUCGCCUUCUCCACUCCAUCUGAAUCCUACUCAGCAGUUAUUCAUUCCGUUAUCUCAGAAUGCAAGAACCUCCGUUCUCAGGUAUCCAGGCAAGCAGUGAAGACUCUCUCUGACCUCUUUAGGGGCCUAGGACGUCUGCUUGAUCCUCACGUUGACACCUGCAUUCGUGUGCUUCUUGGAAAGAUUGGUGAGGCGUCUGCAGCCUUCCUUCGAGGUGAAGUCGCCAUCGCACUCAGCGACAUUAUUCGAUCUGUAAAUCCUAAUAGGGCCCUCAUUGCUCUCUUCCAACAUGGACCUGGAUAUUACGGUCGUCGCAUUCUCGCUACUCUACAACAGAACCCUGAUUUUGACCGCAUAGUGUCACGAUAUCUCUCCGGACAGACGUUGAGAGCCGUUCGUGAUGCCACAGAAUACUUACACACCAAAGGUUUGGGGGAACCACCGACUAGUGUGGUAUCUGCCAGAUGUCCAAGGACAGCCAUAGCCAGUGAUCAGAUCAGCCAUUCCCUUAUUCAAAGUCGUGGUUGCAGCGCCGGAGGACUUGGCGGAGGUCUAUAG